UGUAAUCCACCAUGACUGAUAUGAACAGCAUUGUGAGAGAAGAUCUUUACAAAGCAUUGAAUGAACUCCUUGAAAAGCAAUUUGAAGAAUUUAAAUGGAGGUUAAAAUAUAUUGACUAUGAUGAAAAGUCAAACAUUCCUCCAGCUUCAUUGGAGAAAGCUAAUCAACAAGAAGUUGUAGAUCUCAUGAUUCAAUAUUAUGAAGAAGAUGCCCUAAAGGUGUCCAUUUGUGUUCUUCGAAAAAGUAAUAUAAACGAUGUUGCUAAAAAACUUGAAGAAACUCUACAGAAAGAUGUUGAAGCUCAACAACUGCCAGAUUCAUCAGAUUACAGAAGCCAUGUUAAAAAAAAAAUUCAAAGAAUUGAAGAUCCUAAUUCUAUUCCUGGUGAAUACGUGCCCCUAAACCAGAGAUACUCAAACCUAAUCGUCCUAGAUUAUCCCUGGUCUGAAGAGGAGAGAGAACAUGAAAUUACGGCAACAGGAAGGAAACAUGCUGAAAUCAUCAGCAAGAGAGUCGAGUCUUCAACCAGCAUUGAAACAUUAUUUAACCCUGAUAAAUAUGGUCUAACUCCACAAGUUGUUGUAUGUCCCAACAGUCAUGCAGUGAAAAAGGUCAUUCAAAGCAUACUGAAGAAUGUGGAGAAGCUUCUGUUUAUAAUUGAUGGGUUUGAUGAAUUAAGGUAUUCCUUUGAUCAGCCUGGAGACUACUUUUGCACUGACCCCUGGAAGAAAGAGCCAGUGAAAAUUCUUUUGAGCAGCUUAUUUCAAAAAAAGCUUCUUCCUGAAUCCUAUCUUAUAAUCACAACAAGACCAACUGCUUUGAAGAAACUCCAUGGAUGUUUAGAGCACCCACGUUAUUUUGAGAUAUUGGGGUUUUCUCUAAAGGAGAGGCAAGAAUAUUUCAAUAGAUUUUUUGAAAAGAAAGACCAAGCAACUCAAGCUUUCAGAUUGGUUAAACAAAAUGAUACCCUUCUCACCAUGUGCGUGAUUCCCCUUGUGAGCUGGAUCAUCUGCACAGUGAUGAAACAAGAGAUGGAGAGAGGCCAGGAUCUCCAGAAGACGCCAUACACCAUCACUGCAGUCUAUAUGCUGUAUCUCUCCAGUUUGCUAAAGUUUCACCAUAAUGCAUCCAACCAGGAUUUCCAAAUAAACAUGAAAGGCUUGUGCUCUUUGGCUGCAGAAGGACUCUGGAAACAGGAAAUACUGUUUAUGGAAGAAGAAGUCAAGAAGCACAAUUUAGAUGAGAAAAACUCCCUCUCCCUCUUUCUGAAUCAGAGCAUCUUCAAAAGGGACAUUGAUUGUAUUCAAACCUACAGCUUCAUUCACUUAAGCUUCCAGGAGUUUUUUGCUGCUUUGUUUUACGUUCUAGAAGGAGGAGAGGAGCAGCAUUCUGAAAAUGUCAGUAAAAAUUUGCAGACACUGUUAGAACAGUCUUUAUCUUCUAGGUUUGAUUUAACAAUGACAGUUCGCUUCCUCUUUGGUAUUUUAAAUGAAGAAAAAAGAAUGACACGGUUAAAACAAGAAUUUGGAUGGAAAAUUCCUCCUAAGAAUAAAGAGUUCUUAUUAGACUGGGUGAAAAAUGAAAUUCAAAACGGGGGAAUUAGUACCGGUUUGGAACAACAAAUGUUUAGUUAUUUGUGUGAGACACAAGAUGACAGUGUUGUAAAAAAUGCAUUGUAUAAUGUGACUGCAGUACGUUAUGAGUGUAACUCAGUUAUGGAAUUGAUGAUCUUGGUCUAUUGUGUACAACACUGCGAGAAUUUGGAGGAUCUCACUGUUAAAGGCUGUAUAUUUCUAAAUGAGAUAGAGGAAGAAAUAUUUCCACCAGAAAAUGCGGAAUGGAGUAUGCGUGAAAGAUAUAUGGAAGACUUUUUUAAAGCACUGAUGGAGCUGAGAAACUUAACAAGCCUAGAUUUUUGGAGAUGGUCCUUCACAGAGUCUUGCAGCAAGCAUCUUGCUGAAGUCCUCAGGAAAAAACAGAGUUUGAGAAAGUUAUAUUUGUGGUUUGAAGAUAGAGAUGACAAAGCAGUGGAACUGCUGUGCGAGGGGCUCCAACAUCCAGAGUGCAAAGUAGAGAAACUAAGGCUUUACGGAACAUAUCUGACCAAAUCCCGCAGCAGGCAUUUUGCAGAAAUACUCAGGAAAAAUCAGAGAUUGAGAGAGUUAAUAUUGUCGUUCUACGACACAGAUGACAGAGGAGUGCAAAUACUGUUUGAGGGGCUGAAACAUCCAGACUGUACAGUAGAGAAACUAUGCCUUGAUGGAAUAUUCUGGCCUGAAUCCCAUGGCAGACGUUUUGCAGAAGUAAUCAGAAAAAAUCAGAAAUUGAGGGAGUUAAAAUUGUCCCUCUCCAGCAGAGAUGACAGAGUAGUACAAAUGCUGUGUGAGGGGCUCAGACAUCCAGACUGUAAAAUAGAAAAACUAUGGCUUAAUGGAGCAUUCUGCACUGAAUCCAGCAGCAGACAUUUUGCAGAAGUACUCAGGAAGAAUCAGAAAUUGAGAGAGUUAAUAUUGUCCUUCUGCAAAUCAGAUGAGAAAGCUGUGGAAAUGAUGCUUGAGGGGCUGAAACAUCCACACUGUACAGUAGAGAAACUAUGGCUUGAUGGAGCAUUCUAUGCUGAGUCCUGCAGCAGGCAUUUUGCAGAAGUACUCUGGAAAAAUCAGAGAUUGAGAGAUUUAAAAUUGUCCCUCUACAACAAAGAUGACAGAGGAGUAGAAAUCCUGUGUGAGGGGCUCAAACAUCCAGACUGUAAAGUAGAGAAACUAUGCCUUGAUGGAAGAUUCCUGACCGAAUCGAGUGGCAGGCAUCUUGCAGAAGUACUAAGCAAAAAUCAGAAAUUGACAGAGUUAAUAUUGUCCUUCUACAACUCAGAUGAGAAAGCUGUGGAAAUGUUGUUUGAGGGGCUGAAAGAUCCAGAGUGUAAACUAAAGAAUCUAAGGUGCGUGGGCAGUGUCUGUUUUUCAGUUGGAUGUGUGUUACUUUCUCCUGAGUGUUUCUGUUCUGGAAACAUAUCCAGGGAAAGACAGUUCCAGUUGCGAUAUACAGUAUAGCAAUUUUGUCUUCAGUUCCUGAAGGGGGGAAUGGAUUUCUUUCUCUAAUCACAUGUCGUAUCCUAUAAAGCCAGGAGGUGGCGCCAUAGACU